GCAGUCCUCUUCCGGGUGAUGGCGGCCGGGUGCCCCGGAUGUAGCCCUGGCGCAAGCAUCUCUUCUUUUCUCCACCUCGCCUCCUGCGGGUUCACAGCUUGAGAAACACCUGUUUGCCCCGUCAUGCCAAAGAGGAAAGUGACCUUCCAAGGUGUGGGAGAUGAGGAGGAUGAGGAUGAAAUCAUUGUCCCCAAGAAGAAGCUGGUGGACCCUGUGGCUGGGUCAGGGGGUCCUGGGAGCCGCUUCAAAGGCAAACACUCUUUGGAUAGCGAUGAGGAGGAUGAUGAUGAUGAUGGGGGGUCCAGCAAAUAUGACAUCUUGGCCUCAGAGGAUGUAGAAGGUCAGGAGGCAGCCACACUCCCCAGCGAGGGGGGUGUUCGGAUCACACCCUUUAACCUGCAGGAGGAGAUGGAGGAAGGCCACUUUGAUGCCGAUGGCAACUACUUCCUGAACCGGGAUGCUCAGAUCCGAGACAGCUGGCUGGACAACAUUGACUGGGUGAAGAUCCGGGAGCGGCCACCUGGCCAGCACCAGGCCUCAGACUCGGAGGAGGAGGACAGCUUGGGCCAGACCCCAAUGAGUGCCCAAGCCCUCUUGGAGGGACUUUUGGAGCUCCUAUUGCCUAGAGAGACAGUGGCUGGGGCACUGAGGCGUCUGGGGGCCCGAGGAGGAGGCAAAGGGAGCAAGGGGCCUGGGCGACCCAGUUCCCCUCAGCGCCUGGACCGGCUCUCCGGGUUGGCCGACCAGAUGGUGGCCCGGGGCAACCUUGGCGUGUACCAGGAAACGAGGGAACGGUUGGCUAUGCGUCUGAAGGGUUUGGGGUGUCAGACGCUGGGACCCCACAAUCCCACACCCCCACCCUCCCUGGACAUGUUUGCUGAGGAGGUGGCGGAGGAGGAACUGGAGACCCCAACCCCUACCCAGAGAGGAGAAGCAGAGUCGUUGGGAGAUGGUCUGGUGGACGUGAUGUGGGAAUAUAAGUGGGAGAACACGGGGGAUGCCGAGCUGUAUGGGCCCUUCACCAGCGCCCAGAUGCAGACCUGGGUGAGUGAAGGCUACUUCCCGGACGGUGUUUAUUGCCGGAAGCUGGACUCCGCUGGUGGUCAGUUCUACAACUCUAAACGCAUUGACUUUGAUCUCUACACCUGAGCUUGCUGGGGGCCCAGUUUGGUAGGCCCGUCUUUCGUGGACUUUGUGGAGGAGGCACCAAGUGUCUCAGGCAGUGAGGAAAUUGGAGGCCAUUUUUCAGUCAAUUUCCCUUUCCCAAUAAAAGCCUUUAGUUGUGUACUGGGGCCUUGGCUGUGCUGAUGGCCAGAAGCCCAGGGGCCUUCUCCACAGUCCCUUUGGACUUGUCUUGGUCCCUGAGUGCUCCCAUGAAGAUCCUCCUUGGAGGUGCCUGUCAGGUGUCCUGUGGCCUCCCUGCCUGGACUCUGCUUGCGGUGUAAACACCCCCAACUGCGCUACUCUGUGCUCCUCUCCCAGGUUUCUUAUUCAGUUCCUCUUAGGUCUUUGGCUUUCAGGACCUCAGAUUCUUUGUCCUUGCAGCCACCAGAGGAUAGAGCCCCAGAAGUGGAGCUUUUAUGCCCGGAAGGACCAGGGCAUCGAUAAGACAUUGGGACCCUGUUGGGGGUGAGCAUGGAACCCUCUUACUCUUGCUCCACCCUCUCAAGCUCCUUAGAUGCUGGGCAGAAGUGGGAUGAGUGGCUCAAGACCGAGAUCCCUAAGGUUCUGAGAGCCAGUGUCUUCCCUAAUCUGGCUUUCCUCUAUCCUUGCCAUCGUUCCCACAGCCCUUUAGUGAAGUGCAAACUCAAUGGUCAAGUGUGGGCCAAGCGUGCAUUGUACUGGCACAGAGAGGGGCAGUGACUCACUGGAGGUCACAGGAAUCAAAGGGCUGGCCCAGACCCAGUGGGUUCCUUUCCCAGACCUUUCUUGGCACGAAGCCUUUGCUGCCUGGCCUUUGAGGCCCUGCGGCCUACAUUCUCUGGGCCCCACUGUGUGCCUGGCACAGGGCUAGUGCCUUGAGGAAACUGAGGUAGCUGGGUUGGUCCCCUUCCAGGAAUUCAGAGUGGUGGCAGAGGCAUGGGAGAUAGACAGAUGUAAUUCUGUAGCCUGGGCAUGGCACCCUCCACCCCCACGCCCCACCAUCAUUGCCUUACACCUCCCUUGCACCACGUUAGAUGGUUUCUUCCGGUUUUCCACUCUGGCUGCCCCUUGGAGUCUCCUGGGGAGCUGUAAUACCUCUUUGGAGUUUCGGAUUGAGCUGGUCUAGGUUGUGGCCCAGGCAUUGGGUAUUUCGGAAGCCCCCAGGUGUUUUCAGCUUACAGCCAGGCCGAGAGAGAGCCCCUGGGUCAGACCCCCAUGGUUUAGGCACACCUAGCGGGAGGGGUGGCUCCUGGACCCCACCAUGGUUGUGGAGCUGAGCAUGUGUGUGGCUUUAGUGGGGUCUGUUAGUUACGGGGGUCUGGGCACUGGAGCUGCAGGGCACUUGGGAUCCCAGGGCAGAAAGGGCCAGAUGAGCAACUAGGAAAGACUUGGGGGCCAGGGCGGAGUGGGGUUUCCUGACACUCUUGUGAGGCCCAUUCUAGUGCCUGCUCACACCGGAAUUUCAUUCACUCCAAGAAGCCAUCAGUAAGAUACCUUCCUCUAAAUGUCACUAAGAAAGAAGAGGCCUGCCGGUGACACAGUAAAAUGCCAUUGGUCUAAAGAUGCGUCUUGAUUUCAGAAAGGUUCGGAAGUAGAAAGCAGGUGUCAGGGCUGCUGAAGUACAGGGUUCUCCUAUAGGCCCCAGAGAUGGUCUCUCAGGGGUGCUGAGUGAGUGCGUGGUAAAUGGAUGGAGCCCGGGGCACCUCCUGCCAGUGUCCUCCAGGCACUCAAACCUAGCCCUUCCGAAGCCGACCUCACGUGACCUCACAGCCCCUCCUGAAGGCGCCUCACUGAUGACGAUGGUGGGUGGAAUAACAGCCCCGAAAGAUGUCCAGGUUUGGAACCCCAGGACCUGGGAAAGUGUUACCUUGUGUGGCAAAAGGGACCCGGCACCUGUGCUUCAGUUCAGGAUUUCAUGGUGGGGAGAUGACCGUGGAUGGUUGAGGUGGGCCCCGAGUAAUCAUGGGGGCCCUUAUAAGGGAAAGGGAGUCAGGAGGGUCUGCACAUGAAGCAAGGAAGCUUCUGGCUGUGAAGAUGGCAAGAAGGCCUGGGGCCAGGCGAUGAGGUGGCCCCUGGAGGAGCUGGAAAAGGCACUGAAUUCUGCCCCAGAGCCUCCGUGGAGAAACAAAGCCGCACUGACACGACUUCAGCCCGGUGAAAACCAUUUUGGACUCCUGACCUCUAGAACUGUAAGAUAAUAAAUUGGUGUGGUUUUCAGCCUCUCA